AUGUCUUUACAGUGCAAGAAGUGUGACAAGUGUUUUAGUACAGGAGUACAGCUAAAACAUCAUGAAAGAGUUCACACUGAAGAAAAGCCUCAUGAAUGUAAACAGUGUGGCAAGUGUUUUAGUGUAGUAGGAAACCUAAGGAGGCAUGAAAGAGUUCACACUGGGGAAAAGCCUUAUGACUGUAAACAGUGUGGCAAGUGUUUUAGUCAGGUAGGACACCUAAAGCGUCAUGAAAGAGUUCACACUGGGGAAAAGGCUUAUGAAUGUAAACAGUGUGGCAAGUGUUUUAGUGAAGCAGGACACCUAAGGAGGCAUGAUAGAGUUCACACUGGGCAAAAACCUUAUGAAUGUAAACAGUGUGGCAAGUGCAUUAGUGUAGUAGGAACCCUAAGGAGGCAUGAAAGAGUUCACACUGGGGAAAAGCCUUAUGAAUGUAAACAGUGUGGCAAGUGUUUUAGCCAAGCAAGAAAACUAAGGAGUCAUGAAAGAAUUCACACCAGGGAAAAGCCGUGUUUUAGCCGCCCACAGAACCUUAAAGGUCACAAUAAAGUCCACAGUAGAAAGCAGUCGCAUAAACUUAAUAGUAACGAAAGUUUUUCUAAAGGUUUGCCUUGCGAGGCUAAUGUGAGGUUAAGAAUUACAAAUGCCUUACCUACACAGAGACAGAGAGAGACUGGAGACAAUAGGAUAGAAGACCAGCGAACAGACGUUAUUGAGAAACACUGCAGCUGUUGGAUUUGUCAAGAGGAGAUGAGUAGUGAAGCUCUUCUUCUUCAACAUUAUGAAAAUCAUAUGAGAUAUGUAACUGAAGAUGGUUCGUAAACAGGGCUUUAGGCCUUGGGGUACCCUUUGCAGGGUGCAAAGAGAGUCUUUUUUAAAGCUUGCCAUUCGGGCAAGCUGAAGUUAGCAUAUACUAGCCCAAGCGUCAUUUCAGCUAGCCCCAAAACAUUUUGAUGAGCAGAAUUUAUUUCAAAGUUCCUCUGUAAUUUGAAUUCCUCAAAAAAGUUAAGAGCAAAAUUAACUAGCCCGAUAGCAAAAUCCACUAACCCUGGCCUAUCGGACACUACUUUCUUUGCACGCUGCCUUUUGUUAAGUUUGUUUUUGUAAAGUUUUCUAUUUUGAAUGCAAGCACGGCUACCUUUUGUUACCUGUGGUCAGUGGGCUUUGUUAAAAAGUUGGUUAAUUGUGUUUCCGUUAGACGACUUUAUAAACGAAGUAGACAUUGCGAUUUUUGACGGUGGACACCAAUUCUUAGGCAUUCCUGUUGUACUUGUAAUUUUAAUUGUACAGUCUCCGGUUGUUUAAACGUUGGAUGCUACCCAUGAGAUAGAUCACUUUUCAUCGGAAAAGUAUAACAUGGAAAUAACCCAAUAAUUAGUUUAUUGUGUUAUUCCCUGGCAAGGGGUUUAUCCAAUGAGUUUAAGCAACUAGGGCCCAGUCAUUAACAUAGAUUUGUAACUCUCCAGUUUUAUCGACCAGAGGAUUGCCAGUCCAUCACCUUUCCUAACGAGUGAGAAAUAUUGAAUUUACAUGAAAUCACGUCUGUGCGCUCAAUAUAAGCUUUGCUUUUUCCAAAGAGUUGUGGUUUCUUACACUUGCUUUAUGAUCUCCGAAGUAGGAGCCCUUUUUCUACUUUUUCGUCAAAUGUGAUAAACCUUUUAACACGUCAAAAGAGUGGUAGUUGCUGUCAAGUAUGGCUUAGACCUACACAAAGUUCUAUUUGACACUCGUGAACCUUUUGUUUUGUGUUAGGUUACGUGACUUGCGUGUACUCAGCCUGAGAAUUCAAUUAGGAAUUUGUCGUUUGUUUUUUCAUAAAUAAUGAAUACUUAUGCAUAAGUGGAUUGGAUGACAAUUGAAUAGCCUGCAGUGCGGGCGUUUUCUUUGGGCGCGCGAAUUUUUUUUCCUCGUUGAAACUCCCGAAGAGAGGAGGAAAUGGGGCGAGUCAAAGGGAGCGGGGAGGGGGCAGGGAGAGAGGAGAGAAGAAGAAGAAGAGUAUUUUUUCUCCCCUCCUCCCUUUCCUUCUUUCGCCCUCGCACCUACCCAAAGAGGUACUAUUUCUACUCUCCCCGAUCUCCCUCUGUCAUAAAAUCAAAGAUGGCGGCUACAACAAUAUUUUUUAAAUUUAAAUUUUAAAUUUUAUUAUUUUACAUUUGCCACACAUAAUAAAUAUUACAGAAAGAAAAUGAAAAAAAAAAAAAAGAUUGCACAAUUUAUAGGGCAGUGAAAGCUACAAAAAGAGAGUUCAAAAUUAAAUGUAAUAUUAAGUGACUUACUUUAGUAAUAGAUAGAGUGGAGAGGAAGCUCAAUAGAAGCCAAAUAGCUUGUAGAAAAUUUGGGCUCCUCAUACUUAAUUAUGAUUUCAUGUAAGCUGCCAUAUCAUGGUCAGGCGAGUUUUAUUUAUAGCUCUCUCGAUGAGGUAUUUUUUUAGUGAAGUCUUGAAACUAGAGUAACUUGUGAGUUCCGUAAGAUUAUGGGGAAGGGAGUUCCAUAGUUUAGGUCCUAGAUGGAGGAUUGUGAACUGUUUAGUAAUAAGGUCGGUAGUUAUUAGCAUUUCGAGUAUUAUAUGCGUGUACUUAGCAAUUAGUAACAAAGGUGGUGUUAAACGAAUGAGGAAGGAUGUUAUUAUGAUAUGAGUACAUAAAACACGCAACAAAGAACGCAUUCAUGUUAAAAAUGUCAAGGAUUGUAGGAGUCCGAGUGCAGUAUGGGUUAGAUAUUCAGCUCCACAAAUGAUUCAGACGAUGCGUUUCUGUAGGUAGAGAAUCCUAUUCAAAUUGGAUGGAUAUGUUGAACACCAUGCAAUGUUACAGUAGUUAAGAUACGGGUAAACCAAUGUAUAGUAUAAGGAUAACAAAGAUUUAGAAGAAAGAAAGAAACGAGCUUUGCUUAUGAUUCCUAUAGCCUUUGAUACUUUGUUAGCAACAUGAGUUAUAUGAUAUUUCCAAGAAAGAUGCUGAUCUAAUAAAACACCAAGAAACUUUGUCACUUCAACCUGUUUCACAGCAAUAUUAUCUAGCGUAAUAGUAUCGCUAACAGUAACGGGUUUUUGCCUGGGUCGAAAAAGAAUGUAGUUUGUUUUGGCGACAUUGGUCGAUAAUUUGUUUACUUUAAGCCAUUUAGAUAUUGUUGAUAAUUCACAAUUCAUGACAUGAAUGAGCUGGUUAGGACCUUUAUCAGAAUAAUAAAGGCUAGAAUCGUCCGCAAAUAAAAAAGUCUUUAACAGAUUAGAUGCGUUAGAGAGGUCAUUAAUAUAAAUAAACAAAAGUGGUCCUAAAAUUGAUCCUUGGGGAAUACCACAUACAAUUAGUUCCGGUUGAGAACAUGCUAAAGUAAACUGAACAAGCUGCUUCCUGUUUGUCAAAUAGCUAGAGACCCGAUUAAAAGAAUGCCCUCCAAUACCGUAGUGAUCGAGCUUAUUGAGCAAAAUAUGAUCAUCAAUAGUGUCAAAAGCUUUCGACUCUCUAUUAUUCAUGGCAGAAACAAUAUUAUUAACCAACUGAAAAAGAACGUGAACAAGGUUUCGCCCACGCAAAAUACGCCUGCACUGCAGGGUAAUAAUUGAAAGAAACAGUUCUCUUUGGAAAAUCACAUGGUCUGAAAUAAGAAAACAAAACAUGCAAGCAAGAACUAAAAAGGUUUAUUGAUAAGAUGAAUGGUUUAAGAGACGAGGGCAACGAUCAGAGAUGACCACAUGAUUUGCUUUUUACGCCAUGAUUUGCGUUACUGGUUUUUCCGAUUGCCAUUCUGAAAGUGAAGAGGGUGUUUUUCACGUUCAUGGAAAAAAGGUGUUUUUCCAUCGUUAUAGCCUGCGUAGCUGGCGAGAUUAGCUGGCGAGUGCUGUAGUUUUUUUUUGGCGUUCGAUUAGCGUGUAGAUUGGGAGACAUUUUCUCUUGCGGCUUCGUGUGGCGGCGCCAGGAAAGUACCGGCACAAGAAUCCCGUCAGCUACGCAGGCUACCAUCGCUAGGAAUCACGGUGGUGGAAAAAACACUGACCCCAAAAUUUGUCCCACAUGGACUACCCUAAAAUGGACUCCGCCGCUGAAGUUUAGUGAUUGGGUUUAGGAAGCCGAGUGAAUCAGGUUCCAUUUAGGGUCAUUAUACUAAGAAAAGUGACCUGAAAAUUGAUUCUCACAGUUUACUAACCCUUAUCACUAUUAUCCAGCAGCGUAUUCCCUUUUAGGGUAGAAUAUGGGCAGUCCAUUGGGAUAGUCCAUCGACUCGGGGUCAGUGCUUUGUCAACCACCAAGAAUCACCGUCUUCUCCAAUGACAAUAUAAUGCACUUACGGUUCGUGUCAAAGUAGAGAUGAGGCAAAUUAGUUUUCAAAUAUGGCUUAGAUAUUUUGUCUUACUACUUCACGCUUGCUUCCCUACUUGUUGCAUUCAACAUUUUCUGACAGCUUUGACCCGAUUCAUAGGUGUAAGUUUAGUUCUACUCAUUUUUUCGCGACCAGUAAAAUAAUUAGGAAGGAGUUGCUUUAUGAUUGCAUAAAUCUGGGCCGGCUACAAUGGUUCUUCUAAACCACUCCUUUGCCUUUCCCCUGGCUUUAUCCAAGAUCAACAUUAAAUGAUCUAACGUGAAACGUUGGUCAAAGGUAUUUAGAACUCGGGCUGUAAUUUCCAUUACUUUCUUUUCUAAAAAGGCAUUUCGCGUUUCAAAACAAUUUUUGGGGGGAAUCCUUUCGAGUAGCCUGCGUAGCGUGGCGGUUUUGGUUGGGUGUGUAAGGUAAUAAAGGCGUGCGAAGGCAGAGAAAUCUCAGUAGUGCGUCCGACAAAACUGCCAUGCUACUCAGGCUACCUUUCGAGAUACACUGAACUCUCGUAAGCGACCACCCAGUCCCUUACUGAUCGGCAAAGUGGUCCCUUACGGGAGGUGUUCGUCUACGGGAAAAUCAAGAAAAUAAACUCAAACUGAACUGAUUAACAUAAUUACGUAAAGUCAUUACCGCACCUUACAAGCGAAAAUUAGACAUGGAUAAUCUGGCAAUUAAUAAGGCCUUCACAUCGAAUAGGCCUUGGAAUUGUUGACACUCUGUACAUUACACUUUUUUACUCACAGAUCGUAUUACAGCCAUUUAUUCUGUAAGUCAGCUACUAUAAACUGGCAGCACGCUUGGACAAAGCUUUAAAAAACUGAUUUUUUGUGACAUGUAUUCGAGUAAUGGUUUUCUUACAAUCAUACGUGAUCAUGCCAGGUGUUGGCUUACGGGAAACUACUAAGGAGGCAUGAAAGAGUUCACACUGGGGAAAAGCCUUAUGAAUGUAAACAGUGUGGCAUGUGUUUUAGUAUAGCAGUAAACCUAAGGACUCAUGAAAGAGUUCACACUGGGGAAAAGCCUUAUGAAUGUAAACAGUGUGGCAAGUGUUUUAGUCAGGUAGGACACCUAAAGCGUCAUGAAAGAGUUCAUAGUGGGGAAAAGCCUUAUGAAUGUAAACAGUGUGGCAAGUGUUUUAGUGUAGUAGGAACCCUAAGGAGGCAUGAAAGAGUUCACACUGGGAAAAAGCCGUAUGAAUGUAAACAGUGUGGCAAGUGUUUUAGUGAAGCGGGACUACUAAGGAGGCAUGAAAGAGUUCAUAGUGGGGAAAAGCCUUAUGAAUGUAAACAGUGUGGCAAGUGUUUUAGUGUAGUAGGAACCCUAAGGAGUCAUGAAAGAGUUCACACUGGGGAAAAGCCUUAUGAAUGUAAACAGUGUGGCAAGUGCUUUAGUGUAGUAGGAUCCCUAAGGAGGCAUGAAAGAGUUCACACUGGGGAAAAGCCUUAUGAAUGUAAACAGUGUGGCAAGCGUUUUAGCCAAGCAAGAAAACUAAGGAGUCAUGAAAGAAUUCACACCAGGGAAAAGCCGUGUUUUAGCCGCUCACAGAACCUUAAAGGUCACAAGAAAGUCCACAGUAGAAAGCAGUCGGAUAAACUUAAUAGUAACGAAAGUUUCUCUAAAGGUUUGCCUUGCGAGGGUAAUGUGAGGUUAAGAAUUACAAAUGCCUUACCUACACAGAGACAGAGAGAGACUGGAGACAAUAGGAUAGAAGACCAGCGAACAGACGUUAUUGAGGAACACUGCAGCUGUUGGAUUUGUCAAGAGGAGAUGAGUAGUGAAGCUCUUCUUCUUCAACAUUAUGAAAAUCAUAUGAGAUAUAUAACUGAAGAUGGUUCGUAA